GCCCCGCACGCAGCGUUACAGGUUUCGCUCUCUGUGUCUGACACACUCCGACACUUCGCUGUCUGACUCAUUAAUAGGGACUCGGAGAGAGAUGGCUGGUAAGAAAGCCAUCCUGUUCAACUUCUGGGGGGUCGCCGUCUCUGCCCGACAUGACGUCGUUUUUAAGAAGCUGGAGGAGUUGCACAAGCUGCCGGGAGGUUUUCUGUCCAGUGUGGUGUCCAAAAAGGACGGCGCCCUGAGGCAGGCGGAGAGAGGUGCCAUGACACUUACACAAAUGAUCCCAGUGUUGGAAGCCGAGUGCUUGAAGGAGGCCCAAGACAGGAGGGUGACUCUGCCAUCUGAUUGGUCAGUCAAAGGCCUGCUGGAUAUGCUCACAGAGGCGAUGAUGGACGUGCAAGCUACCGCACUGAAGGCAUCUGCUGGCCUGAGAUCCAGCGGGUUACUGACAGCCGUGCUGGCCAAUCACUGGGUAGAUGACUCAGCGGCUGGAGACGGCCCGGCCCGCCUUCUCUCUCUGCUGGGCGGCCAUUUUGACCUGGUCCUGCAGUCCUGCCACUUGGGUCACAGGGUCCCUGAACCCGCCGUGUUCAGCUCCGCCCUGGAGUGUCUGAGAGUGACACCAAAACAGGCGUUGUGGCUGGAUGCAGAUGAGGAGGGUGUGAAGGCAGCAGAAGCAGCAGGGAUGAAGGCCGUCUUAGUGGAAAAUCUGGACGUAGCUCUGGAGAAACUGUCUGAAUUUACUGGCUUUCAGGCUGUUGGAGCAGAGAGUCCCCCACCUUCCUGCAGUCCUGACAAAGUGUCUCACGGAUACGUCACCAUAAAACCCGGUGUGAGGACUCAUUUUGUGGAAAUGGGCUCUGGUCCACCGGUACUGCUGUGUCACGGCUUCCCAGAGAGCUGGUACUCCUGGAGGUACCAGAUCCCGGCCUUGGCUGCAGCGGGGUUCAGGGUUUUAGCUCUGGACAUGAAAGGAUAUGGAGAGUCCACGGCACCCCCUGACAUAGAGGAAUAUUCUCAUGAGCAGCUCUGUAAGGAAUUAAUCAUAUUUUUGGAUAAAAUGGCGAUACCACAGGUCACCCUGGUGGGUCACGACUGGGGUGGUUCCCUGGUGUGGGCCAUGGCCAAGUACUUUCCCGAGAGAAUCAGGGCCGUGGCGUCACUGAACACCCCGCUCUUCAAGCUGAAUCCUUCGGUUCCUCCUGCAGAGGCACUGAAGGCUCUUCCAAUAUUUGACUACCAGAUCUACUUCCAAACACCAGGUGUCGCUGAGGCCGAGCUGGAGAAGGAUUUGGAGAGGACAUUCAAGAUUUUCUUUUUCAGCAGCAGUGAAAGAAAGGAUCGUCCUGCUCUCAGCACUGCAGGAGUGUGUGCUCGAGGCGGCCUGUUUGUGGGCCUGCCAGAGCAGAUUCCCAGGAGCUCCAUGCUGACGGAGGCCGACCUGCAGUACUACGUCAGCCAGUACAAAGAGAGAGGCUUCAGGGGGCCCUUGAAUUGGUAUCGAAACAGUGACGCAAACUGGAAGUGGAUGUGUUCCCGACCCUCUGGGAAGCUGCUGAUGCCGACGCUGAUGGUGACAGCGGGUAAAGACCCUGUACUGCUGCCGGCCUUCUCAAAGGGAAUGGAGGACGUGAUGCUAAACCUGACCAGAGGACACAUCGAAGAGUGCGGACACUGGACGCAGAUGGACAAGCCGGCAGAGACAAACAAUAUCCUGAUAUCGUGGCUUAAAGAGGCGCACAGGAAGACUGAGUGUUCUACUGUGGCACCUAAACUGUGAGGAAGGAAGGAAGGGAGGAAGGAAGGGAGGAAGGAAGUGUUCUAACAAGAUUAAUCAUUGUGGCAAGU